AUGCCCGCCUACAACGCCUCGGCCGCCGACCUCGACGGCGCACGCCUCGUCGGCAACUUUCCCCUCUUGCCGUUCCGUAGCUCGAUCAGGGGCCCUGCGGCUCAGCCUGCCGACCCUUCCAUCCCGGACAUAAUCGACGAGUCCCUCCAGCUCUUCCGCGCCAACUCGCUCUUCCGCAACUUUGAGAUCAAGACGCCUGCCGACAGGGCGUUAAUCUACCUCAUCUUGUUCAUUGGGGACUGCUUGGGACGGAUCGCACAGGCCCGAACCUGGACGCACCAAGACGCCCUCAAGCAACUCACGACCCACUCGCUCUCCCACUUCUCGCUCCCAGGCGAACCCGGUUUCCCCUUGAACCAAGUCUUCACCCCGCCCUCUCCUCCUACGCCCGUCGAGAAAGACGCGCUGCGGAGUUGGUUGGUGCAGGCGAGGCAGGAGACGGUCGUGAGGUUGUUGGAGAGGCAUGUGUAUAGCGCGGCGGACGAGAGCACGGAGGGUGGGAAGCGGCCGAGCAAGUGGUGGAUGGCGUUCUCGAAACGCGCCUUCAUGAACAAGCGGCUCUAA